AUGAUGAGAAAGAAGACAUUGACAGUUUAUCGCAAAAAUAGGGUGUUUGUAAACAUUCUAUAAAUUUGAAUAAACUACAAAUAUAUUAAAUACUAAUGACUUCGAUGGAUGAGACCAAACAAUUUGCUGUAAGCUGGAGUAACCAUAUGAACCAUGUAAAACAAGCUUUUGACAAUUUACUGAAUAAUAGUGAUCUCACAGAUGUUACAUUAUAUGUUGAAGGUACUAAAAUAGGCGCCCAUAAAAUGUUACUUUCAGCAUGCAGUAAUUAUUUUAACUGUCUAUUCAGAGAUUUUCCACAAGAGCACCCCAUUGUCGUACUUAAAGGAGUUAAAUAUGUCGUUUUAAAAGAUAUUCUGAAGUUUAUUUACAGUGGAGAAGUUAGUGUAGACAGUAGUCAUUUUGAUAAUUUCCUACAGACUGCGGAAUUUUUAGAAAUAAGUGGAUUAACAGGUUCACAACAUAACAAUGAUCAUGAAUCAGAUUUGACCAAUGGCGCUCCUACAAAAACGGCCAAAACAAUUACACAAAAAAUAAGAAAAGAUAAAAUGGAUGCCCAGGAACAAGUUUUUAACAAUGAUAAUAUUGACUGGGAUACUAAAAUAUCAAGUCCAAUUUUCACAGAUAAUAUGUGUGACAUUCAGAUUUCACAAGGUUCAGAUGAAUUGGAAAUUGAUGUUGAAAAAAGAGAAUUAUCCGAAGAGGAACUGUAUGCCAGUACUCAUCGUGAUCUUAGUUCAAGUUUAACUUCUGACAAUUUAACUUGUCCCAUAUGCUUCAAAGUUUUCGCACAUCCAUAUAGUUUGCACCACCAUAAACCAGUUCAUCUUGGAAGAACAAAAUGUCGCAUUUGUAAUGCUGUUCUCUCCAGAAAGUAUAAUUUGAAAAUGCACAUGAAAUCUAAACACAAUGUAGGUUGAACAACUUCUAUUUAUAGUUUUAUUGGUAUCUGUAAGAAUAGCAACAUUAAACAAAUAGUUGAUACUUUCUUCGUGUAUGGAAUAUUUGGAAGAAUAUUAGUCAAUUUCUAAUUUUUGUAACUAUAAUCCACAUUAUAAUAUUUUUUGUUAAAUUUUCUAUAAUUUCAUUACAAUUAACACAAUAUUUAAUGUGUAAUUUGGCCAGUAGUACAUUCUACUGUUUACUACCAUAACAACUCUCACAAAUAAACUUUUUACCUUCUGUCUCUGAAGACAAUUACACAUUUAUUGAAAUAUGUGUUUAAAAGUGUAAUCGUACAUGUUGUGUAUUGGAAGUAAACAGUAUGAAUACCACCAACAUUGUCAAAAAUUUCAACAUAAUAUUACCUGCUAUCAUAGAGUUUUUCAUAGUUAGACUUGAACUGAUCUACUAAAUUAUAUUUUCCUUAUAAUUAUUUAUUAUUGACAAUUGUUUAGCACUAAUCACUGAAUCAAGGAUUUUGUCGUUUGCAUGAUAAAGUAAUACAUAUAUUCAUUUUUGGAUAUAUUUUCUUGUGAAAUCCAAAACCAAAAGUUUUCUUUAUCUGGAAACCUAAAAAUAUUUGGUAGAUGUUCCAUUACAAUUUUUCUUCUCGUCAAAUCAAAUUGUAAAUAGUAAGAUGAUUGAGAACAUCUUUCACAGUAUUGUAGUUGGCUUCAUGCGGUAUUCUUUAAAAGAAGUUUUUUACUUCCAUAUUCAUAAUAAAUGGUGAAUAUGGUGAAUUAGUGAAUAUGUACCUAGUUGUUUUGUUCUCAGAAAACUAUAUAGAAAGAAAUAUAUUUUACUUGCUGUGAUAUUUUGAGACAUUUUUAUUAAUUAAUAGUAGAAUAUUAAGUGGGAAGUUUUAAAUCUUGGAAUGUAUAGUAAGGUGCAGUUGAGGAACAUUGAGUAACUUUUGAGUUUCUUGUUUGUUUCUGAAAAUGUUCCAUGAAAUUGCUAACUAACGUGUAUCUAGAAAACUAGUGCUGGUUGUUGCUUCUUAUCGCCAGUUUCCAAUUUGAGUAUUUAACCUUAAAGAAAAAUAUGCAAAACAAUACUAAUUAUAUUUAAUAGUGGAAACGAUUAGGAAACUGGAAACAUAAUUUUGUCGUGAAAUCUGUUUUAGUGUAUUAUAAAUAAAAAUUAUAUUUUUGAAGCCUUGGACCAACAAGACCCAAUUGCCAUUCAAUAUCAAUGCCGGACAUUAGAUAUUAUUCCUGAAUAUACAUUAUUUCUCUUAAAGACAUUUAGCAGGCGCCUUCCACCAAUAUCAUGUCUUUCUUGAAGAGUUGCCUUUACACUAAAUUUAUGCUCUCUUUUCUUUUGUUGACAAGACACUGUACGCUGCUACAGUUGGUAAAAAUUAAAUUUUCUCUAUUGAAGCAUCUGUCAGAGCAAACCACAUAAUUCAAUUUAUCAACAAAAUUCCAAGCUCCAACCCCGAGUUUCGAUUUAAAUUGAGAACAGAAAUCAUAAACGACAUCUACCAAUUUUAGUUCUUCAUUGUACACAAAAAGUUUAUCUUUGUUUCGGAAAGUUCAUAUUUACGACAACUUGGGGAAACAAGCAAAACACAAAAAUUACUCUAUAUUACUCGAGCUUUACAAUAUAUUUCUUAUGAGUUGUUUUUCUGCUUUCUUGUGUUUGUUAUUUACAAGAUUACAUAUUUUUUUAUUUUUAAUAUGUAGCACAUAUAUGCCAAAUAUUAUAUAUGUGAUAUGUUUAUUAAAUGAUUAUUAUUUGUGAUAUCUCUGUAAGAUGAUUAUUAUUUGUCAUAUUUUUAUUAGAUAAAUAUAAUUUGUGAUAUGUAUACAAUGAGGCCCUAAAAUAACAAAUAAAUUAAUGUUGUUGCUAAGUCUGAACCCAAAAGUAGAAAGUUGAAAGAAAUUUAUAUGUGAAACUACACGUUUGAAUAACUCUUCAUUUAUGUUUGUGCUUCCAGUUAUGAAAUUAGUCAGAAACUAGAUUUCAGUAUGUUUGAGGUAUUAAUGUUUGGUGCGGCAUUUUUAAUAGGCCUGAAUUUUAAGAGGAAACUCUCAGCAGAUAAUUGAUCCAAAAGUAUUGGUACUUUUUCAUGUACACAUUUUAGAUGCUUACAUGUUGGAAAAUAAGAUUUUAUCGAAUUUUGACUUUCUCAAGUAUUUUGUGCAUAAUAUUAUUUGGUAUAUUUUGCGACAAUUAAUUCUGUUUAAAAUUUAGUUGGUUGAGACUAACUGCAAUACAGCACUUUGAUGCUUCAUAAUCCCAUCUAAUCGAGCGUGAAGUAAAAAGACGGCAAGUGUUUUCAUCCAGUUUUAGAAUAAAUUAUCUGAUAUGUUCAACAAAUUUGAUAAGAGUUAAGUUUAUAUAGCACGUAUAUGAUUAUAUUUUGUAGUUCCAAAUCUCGGGGAUGUGAUAUUACAAUUUUUCUUUUCUGAUGUAGGUGGACCAUUGAAAAAUAAUAAUUGUCUUAUUUUUUAAAAACUAGUUAGUUUAUCAACCUAUAUUUCUAUAUAUUUUCACAAUUAUGUUACUUUUGAAAGUGUUACACCUUGAGUCUCAUAUUUAUUUCUUCAUAUAAUGUUCAGUGUUUGGUUAAUGUUAUUGUACUACUCUAUUAUUUCAAUAGACUGAUGAGUAAUGUUUUAAAUGUUGAAAACUUAUAUGUAAUAAAGUUAUUUAUAAUCUUGA